CUGCAUGCGCUUGGUGUUGACCAAGUUACUAGAAGAACAAGCUGCAUGCGCUUGGUGUAGGCCAAACCACACAGUAAUUUAUGUACACGUGUGACUAAGAGUACACUUGUGAGUAUGAGUAUCAAUAGCGAGGUACUCAACAGCAAGGUGCGUCGGCUGAGCGCCUUAUUGGUCUUGUUGGUUGCAUUAAAUAUCUUCACCAUAAUCUUCGUAUUUGUGAUUGGCAAAUCUGGACUUCACUUUGAGCUUGCGCGUCAAUUUUUUGGAAAUUCGAACCGUGAACUAAUUAUGAGCUGGCACAACUUUUUCGAGUACAUUGAAGGGGCGGCGGGUUGUACCAAUCUUAAAAUCUUCGGCGGUCAAUUAUACCGCAAUACAAAUAUGAUAGACGGCAAUAAGGCAGUAUGCUUGGACGAAAAUAUUGCCCCCACCCCCGGCGCCUGCACGGUCCUCUCGUUUGGCAUCAAUAACGAGUGGAGUUUUGACGACGCUAUGGAGGAAUACGGCUGCAAGGUUUUCGCAUUUGACCCCACCAUGCAGCAGCCGGCGCACACCAGAGGGCGCGACAUACACUUCCAACCCUGGGGCUUGGGCGGCAUUACCGGGAUCAAAAAUAAAAUUCCAGUCCUAACUUAUCGGGAUAUCUUAAAAAAGAUCAGGAAAGAGGAUAGCAUAAUUGACUACCUCAAGAUCGACAUCGAAGGCUUCGAGUUGGAUUUUUUCGAAAACGUCUUGGACGAGGACGUCGAAUUGCUUGCCAAUAUCAAGCAAAUCGGCAUGGAAAUUCACCCAGGACGAUCAGUGGCUUUUAGAAACAAGAUUUGGAGUCAAAUUCGCCAGUUGCGCAGCCUGAAUUUCUCGCAGACCUACAGUCAACCAAACUUGAUACCACCAAAUGCUUAUAAAUUUGAGAAUAAAACCGUUUCUAAUUGCUAUGAAAUUCUUUGGUGUAACGAAAAUUUUAGGUAACAUUUUGGUUUAUUCUUGUAUGCAUCGAAAGAAUCUAUACAGAUAAAUUCCCCUUAACAUUUUACCUUAGCUCCAUUUUAUUUAGUUCAAGACUGAUGGAAAAAACACCGUAGAAAAUAUAUUUAUGUUUUUGCAUAUA